AUGUCGGACUCAAUUGACCGAGUCUUUGUUCAUGCCCUCAACACCGUUAAAAAGAUCCCCAAAACAGGGGCGGCCCGACCACCACCGACGGACCGUAUGCGCCUGUAUGGCCUAUACAAACAAGCUAUGGAAGGCGACGUUGACGGCGUAAUGGAACGGCCCACAGCUGCAACAGUAGCAACCAGCGGAAGCACACACAAUGGCAGCGGCGGUGGCGGGAGCAGCAGGCGAAGCAGCAUCAGCGAAGAUGUCGUGCGCGAACAAGAUAAGUGGGACGCGUGGAACUCGCAGAAAGGCCUAACGCGAACGGAGGCCAAGCGCAGAUACGUCGAAGCGCUCAUUGAAACCAUGCAUAAGUACGCCAGCACACCCAACGCGAUUGAACUGGUCAACGAGCUAGAGUUCGUGUGGAACCAAGUCAAGAGCAACAGUCCCAGCGCGGCCGGGUCUUCGUCCGAGCGAGAUGGCAGCGGCGGCGCCAUUGGAGUGGUGACCGGAGGUGUUGGAGGUGCUGGUGGAAGUGGCGGAGUUAUCGUGAGCCCCAUCCGCCGGUUUCAAACGCCAAUGAGCGGGAGUGAGGGACCGAUGAAGGUUCUCAGCCCGAUGAGCGAGGAGGACGAGUCAGAACGACGCAUGGCCGAACUAGCCGACCAGGCCGAUGAUGAGCCAAGCGAGUAUGCGAGACGGAACGACAAGCGGUCAAAGAGAAUGGAGCGUGCUAUCGUUCGGCUGUCAGCGGAGAUUGCGGCGCUGCGCGAACAGAUUGCUACCGGGCGGGAAUGGCGGAUUCGGAGGGACAAGGGUGUGUUUGCCUGGGUGGGCUGGACCUUCUGGGCCGUGACGAAACAUAUUACGGUCGACGUCGCCCUUUUGCUUCUACUGCUUUUUUGGAUGAGGAAGAGGAGGGACAGGCGGUUUGAGGAUAACGUGAGGUCCAUUUUCAGGCUUGUGCGGGAGUAUGUUAGGAAGGUUUUGCCCGCCCGGUGA